AUGUUGAUAUUUCUACUCUUUCUGCCUUUUGUCUUCGGGCAACAGUCAUGGGUUCCUUGUUCAGAACUAAACGACGAUUUAAGGUAUCCCUGCCGGUGUAGGGUUCAAGUGGACAGAGCAUUGCAACUUCGAAUUCUUAUGAACUGUGACAGGGUGGUUUUCGGUGGAGAUUUUCCACCCUUACCGUAUGGAGCACCCAUUGUCUCGUUCAGCCAGCAAUGGGCUGGUCAGCAGUCACUUCCGACACAGAUAUUUUCAUCAUAUGGGCUUCCUUUAAAGGAGUUAGAUUUUUCUCAUAACAGCCUUCGCCGUUUGCCCGACAGACUAUUAGCGGGGAUACGAGGGAACAUAACGAAAUUAGUUUUAGCAGAUAAUUUGCUUGGUGAUAACCUGAAUCCAAUAUUCUCUACUGCAGAAUUUCAUAAUUUGCCAAAUUUGGAAGAGCUUGACUUAAGUGGAAAUAAUAUUCGAGGUCUAGAAGAAGGAUUGUUAAUUGGGUGUGAUGUUUUAAAGGUAUUACGCCUCGACCGUAACAAUAUGAAUUUCGUUCCAUCUUCUUCACUCAAUGGGCCGCAGUCAUUAAAAGUUCUUUCGCUCAGGGAAAACAGAAUAGGUACAAUAAGGCAAGCGACGUUUGUGUCACAGAAGACGUUAGAGGAAAUUGAUUUGCACGGUAACAUGAUUUCAACUAUCGAAGGAGGAGCUUUUAUCAGCUUGAGUGAAUUACAAAGCCUCGAUCUUGGCCGAAACAGGCUUUCAAAGUUUAACAGCGAUGUCUUUCAGGGAAUCGAAAACUUGGAGAAAUUAGAUCUUUCCGAGAACUUUAUAGCAGAUUUCCCGACUGUAGCCCUCAAAUCUUUCUCGGGCCUUAAGCAUGUUAACCUAUCUAGCAACAUGAUAUCGAACAUGGAUCCGAGUCAUUUGAACUCGUUAACCUCAUUGCAAGUCUUGGAUUUGAGUAGGAAUAAUUUAGUGAAGCUAUCGCCUGGUACUUUUGUUGGUCUCACUGAUUUACGUUAUUUGGAUGUGGGAGUCAACUCCUUACGAACUGUAGAAGACGACGCGUUUGAUGGUUUAACAAGUCUCCAAACCCUUCUACUUAGAGAUAACAAUAUACUUUUAAUUCCUGCAACAGCUUUAUCACGUUUACCAAGUCUUACAUCUAUCCACUUAGGUUUUAAUCGAGUAACUGCACUUUCAAGUGAUAUUUUAAGAGCAGUUUCCGAUAGAAUUCGUUCUUUGGUCCUUUCGCGUAAUGUUAUAAGAGAAUUGCCACCAGCUGCUUUUGAGCACUUCAAAAAUUUACAGCAUUUAGAUUUGUCAGGUAAUCUUUUAAACUCUAUAUCAGCUGAUGUUUUUAGUGGAUUGGAAACCAGUCUAGAAUUUUUAUCUUUAAAUCAAAAUAGAAUUUUGGGUUUCACAGGCGAACAGUUGAAAUUUGUUAGUCUUUGGUUUCUGGAUAUAUCAGGAAAUCAAAUUUCAGAAAUUCCUGUCAACGCUUUUCAAUCUAUUCCAAGUUUAACGCAUUUAAACAUGAGCCAUAAUUUACAUAUCAGUGUUUUACCACAAAAUGUCUUCAAUCAAAAUGAUGCCUUAUUAUCAAUCGAUAUCAGUAAUGUAGGAUUAAAAGCCCUCCCUGUUAAUUUAUUUUCUAAAACUCAUAAUCUCCAACAAAUCUAUCUAUCUCAUAACUACUUGCAAGAAAUAUCUGAGGGUACUUUUAAAAAUCUUAAAAAUUUAACUCAUCUUGAUCUUUCAUAUAAUAACAUUGUAACCAUAAGAACACCUGCUUUUGUUAACGUUAUGUCAAUUCAAUACUUAUCGUUAAAAGGAAACCAAUUAAAUGCAUUCAAAGGAGAGUUCUUUAAUACGGGUACGAGCUUAGAAAUAAUAGAUGUAUCCGAUAACCAAUUAAGUUACUUAUUCCCAUCUUCAUUCAAAAUACAUCCUCGCUUACGAGAGAUAAUACUCACAAAUAACAAGUUUAACUUCUUUCCAUCAGAAUUAAUAAGCACUUUACAAUAUUUAGAGUUAGUAGAUCUAUCCGGAAAUGAUUUAAAAAAUGUAGAUGAAUUAGAUUUUGCUCGUCUCCCAAAAUUAAGGACUAUUCUACUCGCAAGAAAUGAAAUAGAAACUGUAAGCGAAAUGGCAUUCCAUAACUCGACGCAAAUCCAACAUAUAGAUUUAUCGUAUAAUAAAAUUGAUCGUUUAGGUGAUAGACUCUUUGAAGGACUAAUUAGACUGGAAGUUCUAAAUUUAGCUGGCAAUCUAUUAACUGAACUACCGGAUACUAUAUUCGAUAGGUCUAGGAUUCAUAUGCUUGAGUCAAUAAUUCUUAGUCAUAAUUCUUUUGAACAAGCUCCUUUGAAAGCUUUACAAAAACAAUACUUUUUUGUUUCAUCUGUAGACUUAUCUCACAAUGAUAUAGUAGAUAUUCCCGCUGAAGAUAGUGUUAUGGUUAAUAUAAAGAAACUAGACUUAUCUUUUAAUCCUUUAUCUGAAAAAACUAUAAAUAGUGUUUUGACAGAGCCAAAAACUGUGAGAGAUUUAAACUUAGCGGGAACUGGAAUGAAGUCAGUUGGUCAACUUGAAACACCAUUUUUAUAUAAAUUAAAUGUAUCAUAUAAUAACAUAUCAAAAUUAACUGAAAAGACUUUUGCUAGAACUACUUUAUUGGAAUCAAUAGAUCUUUCACACAAUCAAAUUGGUGAUAUAUCUAAUUCACUAGCAAUUUCUUGGCCAAAACUUAAAAACCUUCAAAAAUUUAAUAUUUCUGAUAACCCUAUAAUAAUGGUAUUAGAAGGCAAUUUUGAGGGACUUUCGUCACUACGUAUUUUAGAUAUGAGAAAUUUAGAUAAAUGUACAAAAAUUGAAAAGAGUGCCUUUAGAACAUUACCUAACCUAGUGGAAUUAAGGGCUUAUGGUUACCCAAGAUUAGGUUAUUUUGACGUACAAGGUGCACUACAGUAUGUAUUAGCUCUUGAAAAAUUAGAUGUAGAGGUAAAAGAUACAAACAUUGGUGCGGAUCAGCUCCAUUCAACGUUACACCCACGUUUAGAAGAAUUAGGCCUAAGAGGUAGUCGAUUAAAAACUGUUUCCUCAGGAGUACUUGCUGGUCUUAAAGCGCCAUCGAUAAUUGUACGACUCCGCAAUACAUCAGUCUCAAGUCUGCCCCCAGCAUUACUAUUUCCGUUGCCACGUUCAUCCCAAAUAACAAUAGAUGUUGGUGGAAGUCAAUUAACUACGCUACAACCUCCGUUACUGGUGGCACUUGACGAUCGACGAGCAGAUUUAUCAAUGUUUGGUUUAGAUACUAAUCCUAUUCGAUGUGAUUGUAACUCAAGAGCCUUACGCCGAUGGAUACCGAAUGUUGGUAUAGAAGAUGUUCGAUGUAGUUCACCUGAUCAUCUUUCAGGAUAUUUGCUUGUCGAAAUAGGAGAUGAUGAGUUAUCUUGUGAUAGUAAAAGAAAAACUACAGCAACGUCGUCAUCUAGUAUCUCUACUCCACCACCUCGUCUAGUACACCGUACGUCUGCAGAGCCAGAUAUAAUUUGGUCGGUUGCACCAUCGCAUGAGCGGCCAAAAGUUGCAGGAGAACCAAAAGGAGCUCCAGUUCUCGGUGUGGCAACGUCUAAUAAUGAUGAUAAUUUAAUAAUUGGGAUAGUCGGUGGAGUUGUCGCUUUUAUUGCCAUUCUUAUUGUAGCAAUAUGCAUUGUUCGUUUACGAAUGACGACGACUUCGUAUAGAGGUGGCCCUCUAGCCAAUAGUCCUGGGGCGGGAGGACCACCAAUGUGGGGUGCGGCGUGGCCAGGCUAUGCAGGCACAUUGCCUCCUCCCUCAUUGUCAACCGCAACCUUGCCACAUAAAGUGCAGUCUGGCCCUGGCUCAGUGCGUUAUUUAGCACCACCCCCGCCAGCUCCAUACUUUAUAAGCUUGCCACCGCACGACGAUAAAAUUUAUCGG